AUGCCUGGACGUGCUACUCUUCCGGAUCCUGUGCUCUCGUUGGCGCCCAACGGCAUCACGAAGCUCGACUCUAUUGACGCCGAUAACCUGAGUUGUAUGUGGAAUGUCUUCACCAAGUGCAAGGAGAACCUCGAGAAUGGACGUCGUUUGGAGAACCUUUCUUGGCGUCUGUGGUACCGCGAGGCUUUGAUGUACGACCACGACGACGAACCUACACAGACCACCGCCACCGCAGCGCAUUCAAAAUCAGCGAACGACUUGCCCGCGCUCUCAAGAUCGAUCGACUCUAUUGCAUCGGAAGCCGCACCUGUCGUCGCCGCAGCAGCAUCAGCAUUGACUGCCAAGCCCGUUCGCCCAACACUCACCCGCAACUUAUCGUCAAAGCGUCACUUGACCCCAGAGAGCUUCCACAAGCUUGUCACGGGUCUUGGACCUGUUGGUGCCGACGCCGAGUCAUGGAGGGCUAUGGCCAAGAAGAACGGUCAGCAGCAGGCUUCCAGCGCCCCCGGCAAGCAGGUUACGACGGUGAAGGACGAGAAGACGAAGGAGGUUGAGGCCAUUGCCGCCAGUGUUAAGAGCGGUUUCUCGAAGGCGUCUACCUCAUAUCCGGCUGACGCGUCGACCAAGUCGAGGGCCAUGUCCGUCCUCACUUCCGCCAAGGAUGAGUCCAAGGAGGACGACGCCCCUAUGAUGGCCUCCAGUGUCGUCAGGGGGUUUGAGUUGCCAAAGGUUUCUGCCAUUGCUCCCAAGCCUUCAUUGCCGACUCCUGUACCCGUCGUUGCCCGCCCUGCCGCCGAGAAGAAAUUCUUCAUCAAGAGCACGCCCAGUGAUUCCGAAACCGACUCGGACGCUGAGCGUCGUCGCAGACAACAGUGUACUGUCCAGCAGAAGAAGACGGAGAAACGUACGAGUUUCAAGGAGGAGAAGGAGAUUAUCAGGUGUGCGCAGGAUUCGGCCAUCGCUUCUGACAGCGAGGAGGAGGAUGAGGAAGACGAUGGCGCCGUGUUUGAGGAUACGUCUGAUGAGGAGGACGAUGCUGGAGAUGAGGAUGAUGGUGACUGGGAGGACUCUGAAGGCACUGGUUCUGUUGGAUCUUCGGUUGAGGACCGUGCCAAGGUGAGGUUUGGCAAGAGCGAGCGUCCUGGUUUGCCAAGUCGCCGCAGUAUGUUGUCUGCGCUCUUGGUCAAGCGUGACGCGAUCAAGGAGGGUGGUUCCAGGAGCGACUCUUCCAAGUCCUCCAAGCAGUCUAGCCCCAUCAGCAGCCCCUGUGCACCCCGCAAGGCCGCUUCCGUGAACGAGGCCCCUCAGACCAUAAGUGCCAUGAAGAUCAAGCGUUCUUCCUCUACUCAAUCCGACCAGGUGGCUCUCUCGCCUCGCACUACGCGUCGCAACAUGCUUGCUACCGAGCUGAGUGAGAGUCUUAGGCGCAACUUGUUGUGGGAGAGGCAGCAGAAGCACAUGACAUCCAACGCCGUCCUCAAGCGUCGUGCGGCAAGUGCUAUGGACGUCAGCGAGAUGGGCAAAGAUGCCCUCGAUGAGGAAUACGGGUACCACGGAGCAGGAUGGUAA